GCGCGCGGCGGCGGCGCGUUCCGUUCCGGGCCGAGGCUCGCGGCGGAAAAGUUGCGGGCGGAGAGCGGCGGCCCCGGGACGGGCAGCGAGCGGGACGUCCGGCCGGUUCCCGGCGCUCGCGGCCCCGCCAUGGACGACCUGGACGCCCUGCUGGAGGACUUGGAGUCCACCACCUCCCACAUCUCCAAGCGGCCCGUGUUCCUGUCGGAGGAGACUCCCUACUCCUACCCAACUGGAAACCACACGUACCAGGAGAUCGCCGCGCCCCCGGUCCCGCCGCCCCCGUCCAGCGAGGCCCUCAACGGCGCGCUCCUUGACCCCUUAGACCAGUGGCAGACCAGCGCCCCCCGAUUCAUCCACCAGCAGCCCCAGGCCCCGCCGCCCGCGUACGGCUCCAGUGCCAAACCGUGCAGCGCCUCCACGCCCCAGGACGGCCUGGGCCCUCCCUGCGCUCGGGCCGGUGAGGAAGAGCACGUGUACAGCUUCCCCAACAAGCAGAAGUCGGCGGAGCCUUCGCCCACCGUGAUGAGCUCCUCCCUGGGCAGCAACCUUUCGGAGCUGGACCGCCUGCUGCUGGAGCUGAACGCCGUGCAGCACGGCCCCGCCGGCUUCCCCGCAGAUGAGGCCAACUCGAGCCCCCCGCUGCCCAGGGCUCUGAGCCCUCACUAUGGCACCCCGGAGAAUAACAGCCUGCUGGCGGGCAACGCCGGGCCCCUGGUGAAAGAGAAGCCCAAGCGGAACGGGGCCCGGGGCCUGGAGGACGUGCGGCCCAGCGUGGAGAGCCUCCUGGACGAGCUGGAGAGCUCUGUGCCCAGCCCCGUCCCCGCCAUCACUGUGAGCCAUGGCGAGAUGAGCAGCCCCCAGCGCGUCACCUCCAGCCAGCAGCAGACGCGGAUCUCGGCCUCCUCUGCCACCAGGGAGCUGGACGAGCUGAUGGCCUCGCUGUCGGAUUUUAAGACCAGCUCCUCUUCUGUGGCCUUGAACCCCCUGGGGCUGCCGCCCAGCUCAGCUCCAUCCUCACACCACAUACGUCCUUCUCCUCCUCCUCCUCCUCCUCCUCCUCCUCCCGGGCCCUCUGUACUCUUGCCACCCACUAUUAAACCCUCCCCUGGAGGCCACGGUCACACUGCAGAGGCCCUCUGCCGUGAGGAUGAGGAUGGGCAGGGCCUCUUACCUCCUGUGGCCCCCAGCUGGCUUGAUUUGGCUGGCCUCGGGGUGACACCUGACACCCCCAACUCAAGGUCUCCCUCUGUAGAGGGCUCUCUGGGGCCAUUUGGUGCAGAGAGCCAGGCUCGAGGCUGGAGGGACCCACUAAACCUCAAGAGUGAGCUCUCCAGGGCUCCCCCAGGCCACACUCGACCCCGAGCUGGGUGUGCAGGUCCCCAGGAGCCUGGAGACCCCCAAGGGCUGUCAGAGGAGGCCUUGGCUGCCACGUGGGAGCAGCCGUGGGCUUUGGAGGCGCUCAGGCCAGAGACUCCCCACAGAGCGACGCCCAGCUUCCAGGAAGUAACGGAGCCAGCUGUCGUGGCCGUAGACCGUCAGGUCAUCUUCCCGGAUACCUGGACUCUCACGAAGGAACGUGGACAGCUGCAGGAGGGGGCCAGGCCAGCGCCCGCGGGGCCGGAGGGCAGCCGCCCGGCUCCUGGGGACCAGGAGCAGUUAGGUGGAAAGAUGCCCGUGAGGCGAAGCCCGAUCCCGCCACCCCAGGGACCUGAGACAGCCCGGAGGCCAGAGGGCACCGCUGAAGCUGCUGCCGAGGCCCAGAGGGCACAGCCGGAGCGUCCACAUGCCAUGGUCACGGGCACGCCCACCACCGAGAGGAUUUCCACCUCUGGCCAGAUCCGCUCCGUGAUCAGGAGGAGCCGGGAGACAGGCCACGCGCACCCCAUGUCCCGGGAGCCCUCCCCUCGCCGCCGGCUGGACCCCGCCACCUUGAGCCGGACCCCCUCCCAGGAGCGGCUCAUCGCAGAGCUGCAGGGGCGGCUGGGCAUCCAGCCGGAGGCGGAGGAGGCGGCGGGGGCGGCGGGGGCCUGCACCGAGGCCUGGAUGACGGAGGGCGUCGUCAUCACGGUGCAGCCUCGCGGGAGGCGGGCCGAGGGGCAGCUGGUGGAGAAGGUGGUUUUCCCUCCCGGCUCUCCCGUUCCCCUGAGAAGAACCUUCUCUGUUCUGCCUUCUCCUCCUGUCCCUUUCCUCCAGCAUCACAGAGAUGCCGCGGCCAGCAGCCCUUCUCCCCCGCCCGGCCUGCCUGCCCCCUCCACCCCGGGGCCCUCAGUUCUUCCCUGUGGGGCCCCUGGGGCCCAGAGUGCGGGGGCAGGGCCGCAGGAAGAUGUGCAGGGGUCCGCCUCUCCCCUUCCGGCACCCCCCACUGUGCGGUCCGUGGGCUGCCAGACCGACGAGGACCCGAUGUUCCCCCCAAUGCAGAUCCAGGGCCUGGAACAAAGAGCAGAUGGAGAGCUGUGCUGGGCGGCUGGCUGGCCUCCGCGUGGCAGGCAGAGCAGCCCCGGAGGGCAGGACGAGGGAGGGUUCAUGGCCCAGGGGAAGACAGGGAGCAGCUCUCCCCCCGGGGAGCCCCCAAAGCCCGGGAGCCAGCUAGACAGCAUGCUGGGGAGCCUGCAGUCCGACCUCAACAAACUGGGGGUUGCCACAGUCGCCAAGGGAGUCUGCGGGGCCUGCAAGAAGCCCAUCGCCGGGCAGGUGGUGACGGCCAUGGGGAGGACGUGGCACCCCGAGCACUUCGUCUGCACCCACUGCCAGGAGGAGAUCGGGUCCCGGAACUUCUUCGAGCGGGACGGGCAGCCCUACUGCGAAAAGGACUACCACACCCUCUUCUCCCCGCGCUGCCACUACUGCAACGGCCCCAUCCUGGAUAAAGUGGUGACGGCCCUCGACCGGACGUGGCACCCCGAGCACUUCUUCUGUGCCCAGUGCGGCGCCUUCUUCGGUCCUGAAGGGUUCCACGAGAAAGAUGGCAAAGCCUACUGCCGGAAGGAUUACUUCGACAUGUUCGCGCCCAAGUGUGGCGGCUGCGCCCGGGCCAUCCUGGAGAACUACAUCUCGGCCCUCAACACCCUCUGGCAUCCCGAGUGCUUCGUGUGCCGGGAGUGCUUCACGCCGUUCAUCAACGGCAGCUUCUUCGAGCACGACGGGCAGCCCUACUGCGAGGUGCACUACCACGAGCGGCGCGGCUCGCUGUGCUCCGGCUGCCAGAAGCCCAUCACGGGCCGCUGCAUCACCGCCAUGGCCAAGAAGUUCCACCCCGAGCACUUCGUCUGUGCCUUCUGCCUCAAGCAGCUCAACAAGGGCACCUUCAAGGAGCAGAACGACAAGCCUUACUGUCAGAACUGCUUCCUCAAGCUCUUCUGCUAGGCGCCCUCGUCGCUCCGUCUGCCCUGCCCCCGGCCCAGCCUCCCCAACUGCUACUGGGACCCAGAGGCCUCGCCCAGGGCUGAAGGGCCAAGCCCGACUGAAACUGGAACCCGUGCCCUGGCUAUGCAGGGUGGCAAGAGGGCUCAGAGGGUGCCCCCUGCUCUUCUUCCUCUGCCAGGGCCUCUGGGCCUCCCCCUCCUCCUGCAGCUGUCCCCAGGCUGCCAGCUCCUCGUCCUCCCCGGAGGGGGGCUGGAGGCCUCACCCCACAAACCCGCCUGGCCAGGCCAGCACCCCACACUGGAGCCAUCUCUUACUCAUUUCAGCAGUGGAGCGGGGGGCGGGCAGGCAGGAUCAGAUGGGGUCUCUUUUAUCUUUAUUUCCGUCCGACCAAAUUAUCCAAAUAAUCCUGGGGGACCCCCGCUCCCCCAGACAAUGCCAGCAUAAAGCCAUCCAUCCGAGGCCAAGUGCCCAGGGGCCCCGGAAGGUUCCUGGUGCUCCUGCCCUUCCAGGCUCCCCAGGCCGGGACCACUGCCCUGCCCAUCACUGCUCCGAUUCUACUGAGACAGACUCGCCAGCAAUAAUGUUUUUUAGUCACUUCCUCCGUCUCGGGCCGGCGGGAGGGGCGUUUCACCUCGAGCCUGGACACUGUGCCGACUUUGAUAGAUUUCUACACUGAGGUUUGAAUUCAUAUCAUCUGAGUUGCUUUUACCUCUCUACACAGAAUGAUUUUGAAGAGAUUUUAAAGACAUCCCCUUUUGUACUCCCUCCUUGUCCAGCGCCGCCGGUCCUGGGGGGGCAGUGGCUGUGGGACAGGGUUUGCCUUGUACUGAGGGCUUGGGGUGGGGAAGCCAUUUGUAUUUUACUUUUUCUUAGCGUAAGCAGGUGAAGUGGGGGCGGCUCUGAGACUCCCCGUCUUUCCUUCACGGCUCCCAGGACUGUUUUAUAAACUGCUGUAUUUUGAAAUCCCUUCCUUACUCCCCAGGCCAGCAAGCUCUUAACUGAAAUGGCCUCAGGGUGUCUUGCCCCUUUGGGCCUAGGAUUCUGAACCUCAUCCAUCCUGUUCCUUGGUGAGGAGAAGGGGAAGGAUGCUUUGGGGGUGCUGUUUCCUGUCUAAGCCAAUAGGAGCAUCCGCUCCCCUGUGAACUCUUUGGCAUCCAAAAGAAUCCAUGGAACAUUCUCGCCUCCUCACUGCUUCUCUGGGGCGCCUUCUGCCUCCUCAGGAAAGCUGGGGUCUGGUUUUGACCGUUCGUCUUGUUGAUCCCACUGGGCGCAUCACUUUCCCAAAUUCCCUGCCCUCCUCGGGAACUGGAGGUCUGGGGAAAGGGCCCAGGUUGUUGCCAGGCAGCCUGAUAGGAUUCUGGGCAGAGGGACGGGAUCCGCUGAAGCCAUGGGAAGGCCCCAGAGCUCUGGAUGAAACGGGAGCAGGCAGGCCUGGGGUUCCUGCCAGCAGAGGGGCCCCAGUGGGGCCCACAGACCACUGUGCUAGGCUCCUAGCACAGGCUGGGGUUCAGAGGAGGGGCCCUCCUCCGAGGCAGGGCUGGGAGCAGCCAGGUCUGGGCAGGUCAGCCGGAACCCUCAAAGGUCUGAUGUCUCCACUUCCACCCAUAGGCCUUAUUGCUCUGUUUACAGUGACCCGCCCCCGACCCCACUCCUACAGGGAAGGCUUCUGGGGUCCACCUUCUGGGUCAAUGGUUAUUUGAUGAAUUGAUUUUAAUUUUUUUCUCUGUAAACUUUUAACCUGGCUUUUCCUCAUUUCAAUUCCUGUGAUUUAUGCCAAUAAAGUUUGCCAUUAUUUUGA